AUGAGUGGAUGCGCGGGAACAACGCUUGACAAAGUGGACACCACUCUUCAAGAAAUAGAGGAAAAGAAGUAUGAUGUGGGUUUGUUUCCAUUUUCCAGUCGAGGACACUUUACGAGUCAAAUCCAGGAAUUAAAGGAUUUUUUCGCGUUAGAGUGGGAUAACCACUGCUAUUUUUCGGACGGGAAGCGUCAAAUUGACUACGUUCUGGCUUAUGAAGAUGAUUUCCAGAUCGACGUCAUCAAUGACAGUGCUUCGCUCACCGAUUGUGACCAAGAUGAGGAUGAUGAGGGAAGUCAACAAAGUCCAGCAAGUGCAGCAGAAAAAAAACGAAUUAGGCGUUUCAACUUCGAGACGAAUCUCGAGAAGAUGGGUUUGCAGAUCGAAAGAGCCAAUAUUUCACCGAUGCUCGGUCGGACACGAUUUGUUCUUCUUCAUGCACCAUUUUCAGUUCUUGAAAAGCAAGCACAAAUUCUUUCAGUUAAGCUUCCGGUUCAACAAAGCGAUGUCGACUUUCAGAAUAGAACAUCACUUCCUGGUUUUCUGGAUAGUAUUCUUUCUCGUGUUGGUAUAUUUGAUUUCAAUGAACGCACACGUAAAGCACUAGAAGAGCCAGAUUUCUUUACUGCACCUUAUUCCAGUGACCGACGUAAGCAAUUCGUCAAUUGGGAUAGGCCUGAUAUCCUGUUUCCCAAUUCCGAGAGAUCCAGGAUGGUUUACGAUCUGCUCACUCGUGCACACUAUGAUGAUGUCAUUUCCGACAGAAGCAAGGGCACAACUCAGUACAGAUUCGGUAUUGAGCGUCUAUUGAGUCAACGUGCAUACAGUGCGGCUUACCCACUUCAUCAGGAAAUAAGACAGCACUGCGAAUUUCUUAGAGGAAAAGAACUCUCUCAGCGAGAACUGUUGUACAACCACUGGGCUUCAUGGAGAAAUAUAUUCAAGUAUCAGCCUCUUGACUGCAUUAAGCGCUAUUUUGGCACUAAAGUUGCGUUUUACUUCGCCUGGCUUGGAUACUACACGAGAACAUUGUACCUAGCUGCUAUAGUUGGUGUAAUAUCGGUGAUUUAUGGGUUUUCAAAUAUCUCAGAGGAUAUAGUCAGUAAUGACAUCUGUGGGGAUGACGGAGUUGGAACGAAGAUCCUUAUUUGCCCUCAGUGUGAGAACUACUGUGAUUUCCAGCUUCUCGGAAAUAGCUGUGUUUACGCCAAGAUGUCAUAUUUGUUUGACAAUGGGAGUACAGUAGUUUUUACUGCCUUGAUGAGUGUGUGGGCGACAUUGUUUCUUGAAGGGUGGAAGAGGUAUCACACUGAAAUCGCCUGGAAAUGGGGACUCCUUGACAUUGUUAUAGAAGAAGAUACUGUGCUGCCGGAGUUCCAAUUUCGUGUGAAGACAAAGCGAUACAAUCCGGUCACACAGCAAGAAGAGCCAUACCUAUCCGGAAAGAAGAAGUUAGCAAACUUCACUGCCGCUGCGGCCACAGUGUUAUUUUUCAUAUGUUUGGUGCUAGCCGUUGUAUUUGGUAUGGUUGUAUAUCGUGUGAUCUGUAUGCGUCUUUUGGCGAGUAUGGAUAAUCCAGCGAUUGAUUCAUUUGCAUUCCUCAUUGUCUCUAUAACAGCUGCUGCCAUCAAUCUCGUUGUUAUCAUCGCCAUGAACUAUUUCUACAACUCUCUUGCACAUCGCCUGACUCGUUGGGAGUGUCCGAGAACUCAAGCAGAUUUCGACAACAGCUACACUGCUAAAGUGUUUCUUUUCCAAUUUGCUAACUACUACUCUUCCUUGUUUUACAUUGCGUUUUUCAAAGGCAUCCUUUCCCAGAUCCCAGGAACGAAAGAUAAUGACGGAAACGUUAAAAUCGCCGGUUACCGAUUGGAGGGUUGCGAUCCUGCUGGUUGUUUUGUGGAGUUAGUGGUUCAACUAGCGACUAUCAUGUGUGGGAAGCAGUUCUUUUCUGCCUUCGUUGAAUUUGCUUACCCGAAUUUCAUGAGUUUGAUGAGAAAAUGGCAGCUAAUGGUACCGCUUGUAGAGACUAAGAAGCAGCGUAAAAAUCGAAUCAGAGAGGAGCACAGCAAGAAAGUGAAGAACUUGACCAGGUGGGAGGCCGACUAUUAUCUUUACCCAACUUACGAUCAGUUUUUGUUCUAUGAGUAUUUAGAGAUGGUCCUGCAGUUCGGUUUCGUUACUUUAUUUGUUUCGGCUUUUCCACUAGCUCCACUCUUCGCUGUUAUUAACAAUAUUUUUGAAAUAAGAUUAGAUGCCUAUAAGUUUCUUAUCACAACCCAGAAACCUGUUCCCGCACAGGCAAAGAAUAUCGGUGUAUGGUUAAGCAUUUUGGACGUCAUCAGCAAAUUCAGUGUAAUUAUUAAUGCUUUGGUAAUAGCCUUCACAUCGGAUUUUGUCCCGAAGACUAUGUAUUACCUAACUAAACAAACGAUGAUAGGAUAUGUGGACUCAUCUCUUUCUUACUUCGAUGCAAGCGCUUUUAAACUAAAGACAUCGCAAUUUCGUAAUGUUAGUCAGUGCAGAUAUCGUGGAUGGCGACGUUCACCAUGCUCACUGAUGUCUGAAACCACUACAAUUUACGGGAAAGAAAGUUGUGACGAUCAAUUAGGACUUUCUUCGGAAUGGUGGAAGGUGUUUGCUGCUCGACUAUUGUUCGUUCUCAUUUUCGAACACAUAGUGUUCGUCAUUAAAAUGAUCGUGGAAUAUCUCAUUCCUGACGUUCCCACAAAAAUAUUCAUCCAACAACAGAGGGAAAAGUAUCUGGUACGGAAAGCUCUGUUGUCAGAACUUGCUGCAGGACGGGGAUCUGCCAAUGGACCAUGUUCUCAGUGCAACACGAUUCGUCUGAAGAAUCUCGACAUGAUUCUUUUUCUUCGUUCACUACAGCUUUUCAAGGGCAAGGAAGUGUUCAAACGCUGA